CUACUCUCAUUUUCCCUCCUCCUCUUCUCGUUCUUUCUAGUUCACACGAUAUCUCCCACUGCAACCAGCCGGCUCUGCCUCCGAUCUGCAACCAUCUCCGAUCUGCAACCAGCCGGCCACUUCCUCCGGCAACGACGUCGCCUCCGCCAUCACCGCCGGCAGCAAAGACCUCCAGCUCCUCCGAAGUCAUCGACGCAACAUACCUUCUCCCUCCGACUGCUGUCGCCACUCUCUUGUCGCCACCACCAUCGUCGAAGUUGCUGAUGUAGCUGGUAGACCUUAUCAAUUGAUCCGAUUUCAGCUUUUUUUUUCUCCAAGUUUUGAGACAAUCAACUGAUGAUGAAAGAAGUUGUAAAAGAAGAAAAAAACCUCAAAUGUUUUACGUUUCAGAGUUGGAGUGGAUGAUGUUUGGUUCUUUGUGUCAGCAGAAGGGUUCCUCUUGAACACCAUUUUAUCAGUUGAUACACCUUCCCACAUUGAUGCAAACAUUAUGGAUGCAGAAAGAUGUUGGAAGGAAAGAAAAAAGCUCACAGAAAUCAACUCUUUCCGAGCAUCCUGCAUCAAAUAUUUGAAGGUGGGCAUUUGACACUUAAAUUGAGGCAUGGGCAUAUUUUUUGCAACUCAGAGCAAUUAUAUUCAGUGCUUAAUGGUGGAGAUACUGAAACUUGCUAUACUCCAAGUGUAUUGAGAAAUAGCAAAAUACUUUCAGCUCUUAAUCCAGGGUCUUUUGCUUCAACUUCCAUUGAGAUAAAUACCCCUGGAGAAGGAAAACAACAUGGACGGAUCAGCUAUCUCAGAGAAGAUAAAGAUUUUCUUGAGAUUGCAUCAAGGAUAAAUGAAAAUAAAACAUUUAAUAAUAAACAGGUGUGGAAUCACGAGCUAAUCAAGAAGAAAUUCUCUAUUGGUUGUUAACAAUAUUUGACAAUAUGGAUUGAAAUUUAUAGAUUUAAUGUAUGUCAAAUGAUUGAAAUUUAUGGAUUUAUUUUUAUAUUUGUUGGUUUUAAAAUAUAGAUUUGAUGUAUUUUUAAAAUAUUUAUGUGUUGAAUAUGUAAUUAUUUUUAGUUUUUAAUUUCUUCAUUAAUUUGUAAAUUUUUUUAUAAUGCCAAAAUCCGUCGCUAAUCUGUC